AAAAAAAAAUUGUGUAAUCCUUUACAGACAUUUUAUCAAGCACAUACAAUGCAGUUAUAUGGUGAAAAAUAGUUCAAUUUUGUAAUCAGUAUAACAAAUACAAAUGAAAGUUAGUGCUUCAAGCAAGUGAGAAAUUAAAUACUAAAAACAAAAUUAUAAUCAAACAAAGUAGUGAGAUUAUCUAGAUGUUGUUUGAAUAUCUCGAACACAAUUUAACUUCAUCCCAAUUUCACGUUGUAAAUGCAUAAUUGACUUGGAGUUUAUGUGAAGCUAGGAAUUGUGGUUUACAAAAUAAUUGAUAAAUAAAUUCAGACAUUCAUCAGCAUCACCGGCGUAUCUGAACCAAUCGCACUCCAAAAACUCGAGGACUUAAUUGAAUCUGAGCCUAACCCUGAGCUUGCCCAUGCAGUUUCAUUGUCCCUGAAGCCCAGUGCUUUAACUUUGGCUUUUCUAUAAAUAUUGGAAAUUUGGAGCCUGAAUUGCUUCUGACAUAAAAUGAAUCCAGACAGCAGAGCAAGAAAAAGCACGCCUUGUACAAGAAGGUGAUUUCGGAGCAUCUACUGCAGGGCCAUCCAAGGCACCGGGAGUUGAAUAGGGGUUUCAAUCCUCAGCCCACACCUCUUGCAUAUCACCCACCUUCACCAAUCCAAAUAUCAACGAAAACGGAAACGGCGAUGGGGAAGAAGAAGGUUCAAUGGUUCUGCACUUGGAUUUUUGGUUCCAUAAUUUUUAGACUCAUUCUCAUCUACUUCCCCAGAAACCUCAACCUCUCUUCUCGCCCUGAAGUCUCCACUCCUCUCACCAGCAUUCGUCGCCUUGCCGAGGGUUACUGGUUGAAGCAGUCAUCAAUGUCACCUUAUGCUGGUUCAAUGUACCAUGGUUCUCCUUUGUUGUUGACACUUCUCGGACCACUCACAGUUACAAGAAUUGAAGGACAGCCUGAUUAUCUUUUAUGCAGUUUGGUUUUUGUGAUGGCAGAUGUUGUCACUGCAAUGCUCAUUUGUGCUGCUGGUAAAAAACUUCAGGCGGCAUACAGUUCAAGUUUACAAUUCAUUGGCCUUCAUCACUUAUCAGAGAAUUCAGAUGUUCUUCGUUCAGGGGAAUUUGCUGCUCUUGUAUACUUGUGGAAUCCUUUUACAAUUGUUGCAUGUGUUGGUCUAUCUACUUCUGCAAUUGAGAACCUGAUGGUUGUGUUAUCCCUUUAUGGAGCAUGCGCACGACUAGCUCCGGUGGCAGCUUUUGGGUGGGUUAUGGCUACGCAUUUGUCUCUGUACCCAGCAAUCCUUAUUAUCCCACUAAUAUUGUUAUUGGGGUAUGGUCCUGAUGCUCCUCCUAGGAAAUUAUUCUGGCAAAGGAAAAAUCCUGAAGUUGAUAAUCCCACCUCAAGCGAUAGGAGUUGUUUAGAAGAUGAGUCGAUCAAUGAGAAAAGGAUGCUGAAUGUAUUCUCAUGGAGGCCAGUUGUUCUUUUAUUGUUCUGGGCUUUGCUGUGGUCAUCCUAUGUUUUAGUCCUCUGUGGCAUCUAUGUCCAACAGCACGGUGGUCUACGGGAGAUGUUCAAAAGAACUUAUGGCUUCAUUCUAACCAUACAAGAUCUAUCUCCAAACAUCGGAGCUUUGUGGUACUUUUUCGCAGAAGUUUUUGACUUCUUCAGAAGUUUCUUCCUGAUAGUAAUCCAUGGGAAUAUUCUUUUGAUGAUAGUACCAUUAGCCUUACGUCUUAAUCACCGACCAUUCUUUCUAGCUUUUGUAUACAUUGUGAUUUCUUCCAUGUUGAAGUCUUAUCCUUCUGUAAGUUGUUUUUUCUCCAUUAAUUUCUUCUUUUACCUUGAUUGAAAUUAGCUCUUGAAA